GAGUGAUAAGGGUUCAGUUGGGUGUUUACAAUGCGGGCACGGUCCAGACUGAGCUCAUAGACUGAACUCUUCAAACGAAUGGACAGGCGUAGCUGGCGGAUCGGCCCCAUCAGACCAUACUCCGGCUCUAAGACCACCGUUAUGCCCCCUGGAGCCCUUCUUCUGACAGGCCUGUUGGCACUCAGACCACGGGAUGGGUGGAUUAAACAUUAACGCGUGGUCUGCCCUCCUCCUCUCUCUCUCACACACUGAACGAUCAUACAAACUCAUGGAAAGAGCUCGAUGUCCGAUUGUCGGUGACCAAAAUUGCAUGGAAGACUUCGAGUUUUUGGAUGAGGAAGUCUGAUGAGUGAAGGUGUCGGCAGCCUUCUCCUGCACCGCGAUGGUCGACAUGGAGAGACACUACCAUCCCCCCUCACCCCUGGAGGACUCGGUGCCGGGCAGCCCCCUGUGCGGCGACGACCACUUCAUCGGCGGCAUGGAGGAGCUCCAGGACAUCUCCCAGUCCGUCAACGACGACGCUCUCAGCUCCUUCGAUGUCCCCGAGUACCAGUCCUCCAGCAAUGGCUCGGAAGGUUCCACUGUUCUGGAUUCCUUGACGCCGGCAUCCAGCCCGUCGUCGGUGGUUUACGGGUUGGCGGCGGGCCAGGACGAGUUCUCGUCCGCCUCCUCGUCGCUCAAUCUGGAGUGUCGGGUGUGUGCUGACCGAGCCUCGGGCUACCACUACGGCGUACACGCCUGCGAGGGCUGCAAGGGUUUCUUCCGGCGGACCAUCCGUCUGAAGCUGGAGUACGACAAGUGUGAGCGUCGCUGCAAGAUCCAAAAGAAGAACCGCAACAAGUGCCAAUACUGCCGCUUCCAGAAGUGCCUGUCGGUGGGCAUGUCCCACAACGCCAUCCGUUUUGGCCGGAUGCCCCAGUCGGAGAAGCUCAAGCUGAAGGCGGAGAUGGUGACGGUGGACCUGGAGGUGGGAGACCCCCAGGUGGCCGACCAGAAGACGCUGGCCCGGCAGAUUUACGAGGCCUACCUCAAGAACUUCAACAUGAACAAGGCCAAGGCUCGAACCAUCCUCACCGGCAAGACCACCACACCUCCUUUCGUCAUCCACGACAUGGAGACCCUGAAGCUGGCCGAGCAGACGCUGGUGCCAAAGAUGGUGGGCUCGGGGGGGACGCUGAAGGACCGGGAGGCGGAGGUUCGGAUUUUCCACUGCUGCCAGUGCACGUCGGUGGAAACCGUCACCGAGCUCACGGAGUUCGCGAAGUCCGUCCCCGGGUUCUCGUGCCUGGACCUCAACGACCAGGUGACCCUGUUGAAGUACGGCGUGCACGAGGCCCUCUUCGCCAUGCUCGCCUCCAGCAUGAACAAGGACGGCCUCCUGGUGGCGUACGGCUCGGGCUUCAUCACCCGCGAGUUCCUCAAGAGCCUGCGGCGGCCGUUCAGUGACUUGAUGGAGCCGAAGUUCCAGUUUGCGAUGGGGUUCAACGCCAUGGAGCUGGACGACAGUGACCUGGCUCUGUUCGUGGCCGCCAUCAUCUGCUGUGGAGACCGCCCGGGCCUGGUGAACGUGGUGCACAUCGAGCGAACCCAGGAGAGCAUCGUGCAGGUGCUGCAGCUCCACCUGCUGGCCAAUCACCCCGACAACGCCUUCCUCUUCCCCAAGCUGCUGCAGAAGCUGGCUGACCUCCGGCAGCUGGUCACGGAGCACGCCCAGCUGGUGCAGGAGAUCAAAAAGACGGAAGACACUUCACUGCACCCGCUCCUGCAGGAGAUCUACAGAGACAUGUACUGAGGGCGGUUCUUUUUUUUUUUUUUUUUUUUGGAAGAGGAGGCACUCUACAAAUCACCCUCCUCUUAUUUCAGGGACGGAAGAGGAGUCCUCCAUAAGCUCGGUUGAACCGCUUGACCCCUCCCCCGACCCCUAUCAUGCAGUGAGAGUUUGGGCCCUGGUUCUCUCGGCGCUCUCCACUCCAUCGCGCGGACCUUCAUCGGCAGAUACAAAGGCGUGGUGCACAGCUGAUUGAGCCCUCGAGCGAGAAGCCAGUGUAUGCAAUCACUAAAACGCAAAAAACCCACCGAAUGCUAACUUGGAGUAUCCGAGGUGAUCGGCGUGAUCACCCCUCCCCCCUUCCUAUCCUGACCCCUUAACGAGCCCUAAAAAAAUGAGGAAAGAACGUGACCUUGACAGUCGCCACUCCAGCAGUCCGCUUGAAAGGAGGCGUUUUGUACGGAUGUCAAAGAGCCAUAUUUACAUUCACAGCUAACAACACCCAAAAUGACUUCAGCGGGCAGCAACAUGAAGACAGAUAUCAAAGCAGGGCAGCUUCUGCCAAAAUUACACCAGCCUAACCCCCCCCCCCCCCCCCCCUCACAUCGUGUUUUACCCCCGAGACACAGCCGAGGUGCUCCUGAGCAUCAUCAUGUAUUUGUACUAAAAGCCAUACGAUGUUUCUACUGAUACCAGAAAUGAUACUUUCAUAUUCCUUUUCUCUUCCUAUCGAUCAACUCUCGCCGUGGAUUAUCAACGUGUCCUCCUCAACGCGGCCACCAUGCGAUGCCGUAGUAUUGUUACACGUGUAUAAGAUGGCUCAAUGUUUAGUUUUCUCGAGACCGAACUGAUCCGGGGUUCACCGUCUGCACGCAGCGCCUCCGAGGCACGAUCGCAUGUUAAAUAUGACACCAUUUAAUCCUGGGCCUUCUUUUUCUUUCUUCACAAAACACAUGCACAGACAUUUGGCACUCCACCCUGGUGUUCCCGGUGUAAACGCCCAGAUUAAAACGGAUUGCAGCCUUCAGAAAGGCCAGACAUCCAUACACCUAGUUUCUUAAUGUCUCACUCGAUGUCUCAUUAUUUAGGUCCUCAGGCCUUCUGGUGCAUUUCACGGGCUUUUUUUUUGUCCUCAUAACACAUGCAGUUAUUCAGGUUCAGAGGUCUUAUGUGCACUUUUUGACAUGAUGGAAAAUGAAAACAAACAAUUCCACUUUUUUUUGUUGAUGUGAAGUGAUGCCCCCCAUAGAUUAAACUUAGACUUUGACAAUUAGAGGUUGAAAAGAGUUGUUUUGUUCUUGUAGUUUCUCUUUGCCUGGUCGAAAGAAAGCAAAAGAUGACGGCAAACUCAAUCGUGCGGUCGUCUCGACUUAUUCACGGCUAAAAGACGAGACUUUUUUUUUAGUGGUUACACAAGUUUCCGGUGAUGGGUGAAGACUCAAAUAAAUUUCCACAAGUUGAUUUUGUCCUCCAUCUAUGACGAUAACUGUCAUGAGUCAUAUUGGCGUUUAUAGAAAAUGAGGGAAUGGUACAAAUGCAUGGCUGAUACUUUGGAUUAUAUAUAUUUAUAUAUAAAUAUGUAAAUCCCCCAACAUCCAAACAUGGUCAUCAUACAUUCAUUAAAAUUCAGUCACAAUAAGUUGUUAUAAAUGCAUCACAUUUUCUACACUGGGUGCUCUGUACAUAGCUGAAAUGAUCACAUUGACUGCUCGCCCCACUUUUUAACUCUUGAGGUAUACAACGUACUAAUGCUGAUCAACUUUUGUAUUUCUGUUUGGUAAAUAGUGUUUAAAUUUUACAGCAAAUGUAGUUUAAGUACUGUAUGUUUUUUUUUUUUUUUGCUUACAUGCCACAUACUUGUGUUUGUAAUGGAAUUGGAUCAUAUUUUUAUACUAAAGUAUAGUCUGAAUGACUAAAUCAUAUAGUUGUGAAUUUGAAAUGGCACGAUUGAAGGGUGCAAUGUAAAUGGAUUUAAGGGUAACAGGGCAACUGGUAAUCUGAGUAUAGAUCUGAAUCCCGUGGGGGACAUUCCUUUUAUUUAAUUGUUAUUUUUGGCAUCGACCCAUUCAGUAUAUUUCAACACGAUGUCUUGUCCUUGUGAUUUAAAGUGAAAGCAUAUGUGGGCUGUGCAGGGCUGUACUAGCUCGCACCUUUUAGAUGGUUGAUCAAAACCUGACCUCUGUGACCUUUUUGCCAUUUAAAAAAUCAAGCUACAGCCCAGCACUGAUCAUACAAUAUUGGUCUCUUUUUAUACUCUGUUCUCAGGUUGCAUAUAUAUAUAGAUAUGUAUCUAUAUCUAUAAAUAGAUAUAUAUUUAAAAAAAGGUAAUAUAUGCACAGAAUGUUCUUAUUAUUAGCAGAAAUCAUCUAUAGUUGCCUACUGUCGAACAAACUUGUAUUUUAUUACACAUCACGUCUGUUGAUUAAAUGGAGAAACUGUAUGCACUCGUAAUUUCAUCACAUCACAUGCUAUGAGUAAAGAAGAUGCAGUGAAGGAAGCGCAGAAUGUACCGUUUAAUAAUCCUGAUUUUUGUCUCGCUGUUUGUCUGACUUUCCGUUGCCAUCUUGUACGAAACUCACCAAACCUUUUCUUAGGCCAUGAGUAGAUUACUGACCUUCAAGCUGCCUCGAUACUUUCAUCCGAUAACUUCUCACAGAAUGUGAGUCCCACAUGCGGGAUUUCAUUCGAUGCAGCUCUGGUUUUUGUUAUUCCCCUCGCAAGAUUCCUGGGACUCUUAGUUCCCGGGCCUGGCUUCGGGGUUAACCUUCAACAAUCUGUGCCUUAGCGUGUACAACACCAUGCCAUAAAACACGAGAGAUUCAGAGAAGAAGACAAAACUUGACACACACACACACACUUUUAGACUUAUAAACUAUGUGUGUUGUCAGCUACAAUUGGUGGUUUAAAACAUAAUAGGGCCAUGCAGACAGGAAGUUCACAGCAGAUUUAAGGAAACUAUCCAAUGUACAGCGAGAGAGGCUCGAAAGUGCUUUUGAAGCUUCAUUUUACGAGACAAAAAAAGACAGACUGUUAAAAACAUUUUAGAACAUUAGAGCCCGAGAGGAAAAGUUGUGAAAAUUCGUGAUGUCUGUAGGAAUGUCUGUUUUGUGUUGAAUUGAAGAGACUUCUUAACUUGUAUCAGGGAAACCUCGUCUUCCUCUUGUUGAACUAGCCCAGGACGUAGAAAGGAACUGUUGUGUUCCUUCUCAUUCUGUCUCUUCUCUCUAGAGGUGCAUAGUACUCUGCCUCUACAGCACAAUGACAACAACAACAACCACAUUGAUUACAGGAAUAAUAAUAUUCCCUUUUAUUGUAUUUUACUAAACUGACAUAUGUUACCACAUGGCAGCAGUCAUAGGAACUAUAGGUUUUUUUCUUUCUGGAUUUUAUGGAGUUUUUGUUGCUAUAGUGUUAAAACAAAGAGACAUCAGAAACUGUAUGUGGGUGUGUUGUUAAUGUGGCUUGGUAGCAAUGCUGUAAAUGUUUGAUGAAUGUAUAUAUAGUCAUUUAAAUAAUGGAGUUGACAUUGAAUGGAUUUCAAAAUAAAAUGAACUUUUUUAAAAUCUA